AUGGCCGCCUCUACAGCCGCUUCAAACCACUCCGUUCACGGCGCCUGCCGAGUGCUCCCGAACACUGCUGUUGCUCACAACGAAGUCGCGCUCUUCAUAUUUGCCGUUCCGAAGGGCACCACAAGUCAGGACUUAUUUGUAAGUCCAUUUUACCGAACACUGCGGAACAUUAUAGCCAAAAGAUGUCAGUGCGAGCUUGCCGUAUUCGACGGCAACACAAUGACCCAAACCUGCGUCUCAAGUCCAAAAACUGCAGCGAAUAGGGUGAGAAACGCCAAUGGAAACGCUUCUAUCGGCCCGGAGGUUCAAAAUGAGUCGGCGACCCUUUCUAUAAGCAUACCAAACACAUUUGAGCAGGCGUUGCUUGCUCGAGGCAAUUGGUUGGUUCAAGUGAACUACAUGACUGAGCCAAGUGAGCACCACUUGUUCCUGAAACUCAUCAACGAUUUCGCCACCAAGCUACACAACUCCGGGGGGUUUAAAAGGGGCGUCGGGUCUCCAUUGCUCAACCAGGGCUUUAAAUACAUAACUUUAGUGGAGCUAACUCAUGCUAAAUUUAGGCAAAUGUCUCACUGCGACAGCCUUGUGUCCUCGCAACAGCGCAUGGAAGAGAACCAACCCAUUUCCCGUCUCCCGCCGCGACUGCGAAAACAGAACCCUGAAGGCGACUGGAAGGAAUUACAAGAGAACACCAAUCUUCAAAAACUACGUGAGCUUCAAUUACGUGAAAGGUGGAAUGGACGUAGGCACACAAUUUUGAGAAAUGGAAGACGACAAUUCGAUACACCUCUGAAGGCUGACGACAAGCGAGAGUGCGUAGCUAGUGCAGAGGAGGACGAGCUUAAGCAAAACGACCUGGGUGAAAGUAAUGGGAAUUACACUGUGGAGAAUGGAAGAGGAGGCAAACAGUUUUAUUCCGCAUAUGCGGAGGAAGAGCUCAAUUCAAGGGGACAGGGCAAAUAUGCUAAAGAGGUCCAACAAAUUGACCCUAAACAUCACCAAGAAGAACGCCCCCAGAAAGAAGCGUCAAUUGAUACGAGGGACCGUGAGGAAGCAGUGCUUUAUCGAAGAAAGACUGAGCAUCCACUGUCAGAGGAUCAAGACCCCAACAGAGGGGGGCAGAACCCUGCUCAGAACACAGACCAAAAGCUACUGUUAGAAGGCCGGGACUUCAUUGACGAACGAGACCGAAGGGAUUGGAGAAUUGAACAACAGAAAUCAGGAGAAGUACGAAGCAGCAUCAGUGAAAGCGAGAACUGCAGUGCCAUAUUUCCACAUCUGGAAAGCUUCGAUCGCAGGUCGGUAGACGCGGAAGAAAACGAAAAUGCGUCAGAGCCAAUCGAGGGAAAAUCUUGA